GUGUGUGAGGUGUGUCGUCGUCAGCCAGUGCGUGAGGUCGCUCAGUAUAAAUAAACUGCUCAGGGAGAGAUGCUAUAAACUCUCCACUUAAUUGCCAUUGACGUUAGAAAUAUUGGACCUUUUGAGAGUGAUGAGUGGAGAGCUCUGGUCGCCUCUCUGUACUGUUUGAAAGUGAAAAGUUUGAUCAGAAAACUCUUAAUUCUGCGUCAACUUGAGGGAAGGUCAUUAGUACUAAGGUGUGUCCCGGCCAGAGAGCGGAGGACUGAGGAGACGCCCCAGGUCGACCAUCACGGUGUGGGGGAUGGACAUGUACAGCCUCUCUGAUACUUAAAGAUCUUUCUGAAGGACAUAUAAUAAUUGCUGGAACAAAAACAGCCUGUGUUAUAUUCCAUGGAACAAAUACAGUGUUUAGUUAAUGGAACAAGAUCAAUGUUGAUGGAACAAUUAUAACCCGCAUGGUAGUUUAUAUGAAAAGUUUUAAUCCGUACGGUAGUUGAAACAAUAGAGCAGCGCUUGUGAUCGUUCAUGAAUAACAUAAGCUAGUUGGCUAUUAAGAGACUCAGUAGUUAUUAGCUACGUGUGGAAAGUGUGAAGCUACGGUAGUUAUCUGUCCGUGAAAAACCCAAACCUAACCGAUAUAUCUUUUUGACACCAUGACUAAGAAUAUUUUACGUGACAUAUAUGAAAAUGUUCAGUGUUAUCAGUUAUCUGCAGGAGACCCAGAGGCGGGGUUGUUGUUCAAGAAUGUGAACCCCGGCGAAGUUUGCGUCUUCCAAUAAAAUUUAAUUAAGGAAAGAAAAAGUUUGUUGUUUAUAAUGACGUAAAUUUGGUGCUGCCUCAGUAACUUAGGAUCUUAAUUAAGUGGAUCCAUACACUAGUCAACGAUCAUCAGAUACUAAGAUAAAGUCAUUCUUCCUCUUUAUUUAUUUCGUUAAAACCUAAAAAAAAAAUUUCUGAAAUAUUUAGCAACGUUGGGAAAAUACAAUCGACUUUUUAUGGUGUUAAUUUUUUUGUAUAUCUAUGCAAAUAUUGACAUAGAGAAAUAUAGACACAAGUUUGAGGGGGUUAAGGUAAAGGGUUGAGCACUGUAAGGUGUGGCCAAUGGGUGUGUGGCCACUCAUCACGUGCUGCAGGUACUAAGGCCACAAAUAUUGAACUAAUCCGGUGAAAAUGGAACAUAUUACCAGUGAUAUUUUGCCUCAAUAAAAACUUGAAAAACAAUUAAUACAUAGAGACAAGUGACUAAACUCCUCACUAAACACAAGGUACAAGUGUGUGACGUCAGCAGUAGCGUGUAGUGUUGAUAUAUAAGGUAAUGUAUCGUAUUGAACCUCAAUAUACAGUUUUUCUUGAAUUGCCGUAAGAAGGAAGCAUUAAGUGGCACUGGACUAGACAAACCUUCACUCCCGGAGAGUAAAUAGAAUCAAGGCUGUCCUCAAAGCUCCUCAGCCUCGUACUUGACGUGACACCCUCGCCACACUUGACGGUCCAACACACUCCAGAUGAUCUAACGUGGUGGAACUCGUCUUGGUAGCUGUGAGCCUCAGCAGUGGGUGAGAGCCAGGGCGUGUAGUGAGUCAACCAUGGCGAGGGACUUAACACUCCUGGAUGUGACGAUCUUCAUGUUCUUCCUCACACUCCACCUCACCCUCGCCGACCACAACAAAGAAGGCGAUGAGACCGAGUUCGACUGGUCUUCCUGGUGGAGCUAUGACGGCAUCUCAGGUCCUGGGUUCUGGGGUAUUAUCAACCGACGGUGGAAGUUAUGUAGUGACGGCCGCAGGCAGUCUCCGGUCGACCUGGCUACUUCUUCAAUUGUUUUCGACCACACCCUCUCCAGCCUGGCCCUCGCAUCUCAUAAGGUGGAUGGGACGCUAACCAACACGGGUUUUGGCUUGAGGUGGUCAGUUGAUACGGGACAGGUGUGGCAGGUGUCAGAAGGGCCCAUCCACUAUGCCUACACUCUCACCCACGCCGUCCUUAGGUGGUCCAACGCCGCCCGCACCACCCACACUGUUGGCUCCGAGCAUAGUAUCCAAGGCCAGAUGUUCCCAGCUGAGAUCCAGCUCUACCUCUACAACAGCGACCUCUACAACAACUUCACCCACGCCUUAGACAAACCCAACGGCGUCCUUGGCGUGGCGGUGCUACUGAAGAUUGGUUGGCGCCCUAACCCCGUGUUGAAGAUCUGGAUGGAUCACAUUCACAUGGUACCACAUAGAGGAACAUCAACGUUGAUUCCCUUUGUCCCGAUACGAGAGUUGUUUACGUCACACCUCUACCUGUCCUACGAAGGUUCCUUGACGGAGCCGCCCUGUGAGGAGACUGUUACCUGGAUAAUUCUUAAUAAACCAGGCUACAUCACUGCUGACCAGUUGUGGCAGUUACAGUCAUUACGGCGAGGCACCCAUGGACAAGCUCUCCCUAUCAGUGGUAACUUCAGGCCUCUCCAACCUUUACACAGACGAGCCAUCAGGACAAAUAUCCCCCCGUAUACAUUGAGCUGCUCGGCUGUAAAUAGAACUAAUCUUUAUCAAGCCAUGGAUUUGACGGGUACGUGACGGGCCAGACCCUUAACUACGCCCAGGUCCCCGCCCCAGCCCCACCCGUCACACCCUAAGCUGGACCAGAAACGUGAGCGUCCCGUCCAGGCGUGCCACAUCCCCCCCCUCCGACCUAAGCCCCGUGAUGCAGCUCGCCGUGCCCACCAGCCCUGUACCCACCGAGUCAUCUCCUUCCCCGCCAUACCUUGACUCCUCCAGAUACAUCUUAUGAUCUUCCAUUAAUUUAUAAAGUGCACACUCAGUCCCUCGUCUCUAUCAUCACUCUGUUUUCCCUCACUAAUAACUGAAGACACCUCGGGAGUCUUCCGGUGUGAGUAUCCUUCCCACCAACACUGCCCUCCGUGGCUCACUCUCAUCCAUCACUUAACAUCGCUAGACAUUCUUAGGAGAUAAAGUUUUCUCUCUGGAUAAUUUAUUUUGGCAUUAUUGUUACUGUAGGGACCAUCCAUACAACUCAAACAUGAUUUUUGUAUUUCGUCGUGCCAACUUUGUUUCCGUUAAUUUUCCGAAUAUAAAAUCAAGUGUUAGUGUGUGUGUGUGUGUGUGUGUGUGUGUGUAUGUGUGUGCGUGCAGGAGGUAGGUGUGUUGUGAGCCUAUACAGUGUUAGUUAUAUAGUAAUAGUCGCGAGUUAUCCUCCCAUGUUGUUCAUACAUUGUCUUCAUAGAACAAUAAACAAAAAACAUUCAAUUAGACAAAAACUAUAAUGUUUUCUCAGAGGUUUAAUGACCCUAUGGAGGAUAAUUACCACAUGUAGUUCAGUCUAUGGUAUUUAUCUGCAUAAUUAAUUAAAUAUAUAAAUAAAUACUUAUUUAUUUAUGUACUUAUACAUCUAUAUGAGACUGGUAAAUGUAUUUGAAAGUUGUAGACAAACUCCAAAGACCACAACAAUAAUCUGUAUCAACUAAGAAUAAAAACCAAACGACCUUAUGGUUGACGUCACUGCCAGAAGAACAUUAGACCGAGGAGAUAAUUGUCUGUGUAAUAAAAAUAAGAAAACACGGAAAAAUAACACCAAUUACCGGACGGACGGAUAAAAUAGGAAUCAGAGGAGCUGGGUGAUAAGGGAAGACUCCAUACAGAAUUGUUGAUAACCUUCCCUUACCGAUCUAUAGGACUGAUACUGACUGAUUGAUUAGGAAAAAUAAAACAACAAAUUGGAUGAACAUUAUUCUUAUUGUGUUUCAGACAAUAAUGUUAUCUCCAGCGCUAGAGAGCAAAUCAUACGAGUACACUUACAAAUUAAUGAAGGUUAUACUACACAGUGAUAUGUUCAUUAAAUUUAUAGUGAAACGUGUAGAUAAUAUUGCUUAGAUUAAUUAUUUUUUGCGUUUGUGGCGAUAAAUAGUACAAUAAGUAAUAAAUUGCCUUGGUAACCCGGUAAUAUAAGAAAAUUUAAGCAAAAACGACUUAAAGUUACUUCAUUAUUUAAGUGAAUUAAGUUUUAUUAUUAUAUACCUUGAGGUAGAACUGUAAACACACCAGAAACACAGAUACAACUAAGGACUAUAAAUAUAUUACUACAUAAAUAUCUAGUGACCCCAAACCCAUUAAUAUUACAUCUCCAACACGUUACUGAGGCGGGAGCAGUGUUCGUGACGCGAGAUCGACGACUGCUUCUUGUCAUGGCUCAACGACACGAUUCACAAACUUACGUCAACUAACAUCAACAUCUCAAACACUAUUUCUUGUGAGGUUCUUCAUUACUGUAAGACAAGUUUAGCAGAACUUAAUCUUCGUAAUUUGGAACGAGACUAAAGAAAAAUUGGAAAACUAUUAGAAAUUAUAACUUGUGACUCGAAGUUUUCCUUUGAUGGUAAACCUAUGAACUUGAGGUUGAUGAGUAAUGGUAUUGUCGAGUGGUCGUCCCUUCACCUAACUUCUGUUGGUGUCUUUAGAAGUCAUUUUCAAAAGUUAUUAACCAAUUGCCUACUUUCUGUUUCCUGCCACAGUUACAGAGACCAUUCAUAUUAGGAGUGCAGCUGUCGAGUAAUUACAGCUCUCGCCUCCUCUCCUAAGGGACGCUGGUUCACGAGAAUAUGACUCUCGCUCAGUACUAAGUCUUCUGUACCUUAAAUGAACAAAUCCGCCACCAGAGGCCGUUCGUGUGUCUUGUACUAAUGUGUAUGUAAUAUUACCAAUUUUCUUCUUAUCAACUUUAGUAAAGGAAUUUUCAUGCCAUUCGUUCAUCAGUAAUUUCAUGUUUACCAAUUUCUCUAUAUUAGUCUUGUUCUCCCCUACCACUGUGUCGGGGGUAGAGCAGAGGGCUCCGUCUGUCUGUUCGUCCGUAAUGCUCGAAGCGUGUAACCUAUGUGCUAAAUCCUUUACAAUAUUCUAUGAAUUGACUUGAAAAUUAAAACAAAUGGAAAAAUACGUGCAGCUUUAUCACUUUCAUUUAUUUUAUUUUUUUAAUCUGUGUUUUGAACGUUGACAUACGAGUAUCAUCUCAGGGUCAGUCAAACAGGUGUACAGUAAAUGAUCACAGCCUUCUACCGGCUUGAGUGAAAUUAAUUGAAACUUGAAAUAGGGAAUGUUGUCUUUGUCAUUUUUUAGUUGUAUCAUAAUACUUUACGGAUAAGCAUAUAGUGUGCUUGAAGUACUCAGUGUUCAGUACUCAGUGUUCAGUACUCAGUGUUCAGUAGUUGUUUACUUCAUGUAACACUACGGGGGUCAUCUUCUCUCCUGUACACAGUUUACAGUGGUCGUCCGGGGCCUUUUAGUGUACUCUUUUACCUUAGAAACAUUCGCUGUAAACUUACAUUGGUCAUCACUUUAGUUUUUGUAACAAUUUUUUUUCGUGCAAUUUUUUUAAUGUAAUUAUUUUAUCGAACUUAAGAUACUAUUAACAAAUUUAAUACCAAAUUUCAGACUAUUUUAACUAUACAUUUUACUGUAGUUUUAAUGAACAUUUACUGUGUGUAACUGCCGGUUUAGUAUAAAUUUGACCAAGUUAUUAAUUACCUCUUAGCGUUGUUGAAGAUGUUACGAAGUCACACAUUAAUAAAGAAACAAGUUCACCAUAGUGUUUGUUAUUCUUCCUUAGCGAGAUAAUAUUCCCAUGUAUACACCAGUCAUAACACAAAGUCUACAUCAUUAUCCUCCCGGGUUUAAAUCACUGGUCUUGUCUGUAUGUAGUUUAUAAGCUGCAUUUUACAAGCCAUUACAGAUUGUUUAUAUUAAGUGUGCAUAAAAAGUUAUUAAAAUAUAAAAAUGUACAAAGACUUUAUAAAGACCCCGUACAUACGAAGCUUCCGUAGCCUCUAUACUCCGCUCUUCCUCCCUCCCUCCUUCCCCUCCCCUCUCCUUACCUGUACAUAUCACCCUUCUUCUUGGUCCAGGUGACCUACCCUGCCUCCCUCUCUUACGACACACUCUGCCAACCCUACCUCACCUUGCCACACAGCUCAUUAUUCUUACCUUGCUGUGUCUAGGUCUAAUCAGAUCUACUUUACCUUUCUACUUGUCUCAUUCAUCUCUCUAAACUCACCUGAGUCAAUUGUCUUACCUUUCCUAAUUCAUUUCACUCUAUCCUAUACAAUAUCUUCUUCCCUUAGCUGUUUCUGUACAUGUUCAGCAAUGAUCGGUAAUAAAUGAAUAAAUUUUAA